UCAUAUAUACUUUGUAUUAUAAAUAUCCUUCGCUCUUCGUCCCUCUCAUCGCCUGUCUCUUAUCUUCCUCUCUUCUCGUUCCGUUUAUCCGCAAACGUAGCCUCUGUGCGCUGCACCUUGUUUCAGUCAUCACCACCUCAAUUGGAAAACUGAGAAGGCAUGGGAAACGAAUCAUACGAAGACGCUAUCGAAUCACUCAAGAAGCUUCUCAUUGAGAAGGAUGAGCUUAAGGAUCUGGCUGCGGCCAAGGUGAAGAAGAUCACUGCGGAGCUUCAGACAGUCUCGUCGUCUGACAGCAAAACUUUCGAUCCUGUCGAACGUAUUAAGGAAGGGUUCGUCACCUUCAAGAGGGAGAAAUACGAGACGAAUCCUGCUUUGUACGGUGAACUCGCUAAAGGUCAAAGCCCAAAGUACAUGGUGUUUGCUUGUUCGGACUCACGUGUGUGCCCAUCACACAUACUAAACUUCCAUCCAGGAGAUGCCUUCAUGGUUCGUAAUAUCGCUAACAUGGUUCCUCCUUUUGACAAGGUCAAAUAUGCUGGAGUUGGAGCCGCCAUUGAAUACGCUGUCUUGCACCUUAAGGUGGAAAACAUUGUGGUGAUAGGGCACAGUGCAUGUGGUGGCAUCAAGGGACUUAUGUCAUUUGCUCUUGAUGGAAACAACUCCACUGAUUUCAUAGAGGAUUGGGUCAAAAUCUGUUUACCAGCAAAGACAAAGGUUUUGGCAGAAAGUGAAAGUUCAAAAUUUGAAGACCAGUGUGGCCGAUGUGAAAGGGAGGCAGUGAAUGUGUCACUAGCAAACCUAUUGACAUAUCCAUUCGUGAGAGAAGGGGUUGCGAAAGGAACACUUGCGUUGAAGGGAGGCUACUAUGAUUUUGUUAAUGGCGCCUUUGAGCUUUGGGGACUCCAAUAUGGAAUUUCUCCCGUUCAUUCUAUAUGAAACAACACAUCACCAUCACCAUCACCACCACCAUGAUCAUCAUAAUCAUCAUCAUCACCAGCAUCAUAUCGUUAUCAAUCAUCAUGAUCACCAUCAUAUAAUUUCUGUUUGUAAUUGUAAUGCACCUUUACUUGCGAUGAGCUUCUUUUCCUUCAUCAUGCGUCUUAUAUGAAAUAAACAAGGAGAUCAUAUAAAAUCAUGGUUAUUAAUUUUCAUAAA